AUGUUUCGUAUUAUUUCGUACGGAUUUCGUGCCUUUGUUGAUUUUUCAACAGAGCUGAAAGGUGUGCAAAAAAUGGCGCGUAGAGUGGUCGGUAGGGAUAAAAUAGCACAGCUUCAGAACAAUGUUGAAAAUAUGCGGAAUAUAUGUAUACUCGCGCACGUGGAUCACGGCAAGACUACCUUGGCUGAUGCACUAGUUGCAAGCAACGGAAUCAUAUCACAGCGAUUGUCUGGAAAACUCCGAUACAUGGAUAGCAGAAAAGAUGAACAGGAACGUGGUAUCACAAUGAAGAGUAGCGCGGUUGCGUUGUUCCACGUAUUUCAGAGGGAAGACAAAGAAGAGGAAUAUCUCGUGAAUCUGAUCGAUUCACCUGGUCACGUGGAUUUUUCUUCGGAAGUCUCCACUGCCUUACGUCUAUGUGACGGCGCCAUCGUUGUGGUAGAUGCAGUCGAAGGCGUUUGUCCGCAGACCAUUGCGACGUUGCGGCAAGCUUGGCAUGCAGGGAUCAAACCCAUUUUAGUUUUCAACAAAGUCGAUCGACUUGUUCUCGAAACAAAACUUUCCCCGAUGGAUGCUUACGUGCGAUUGGUCCAGCUGCUUGAACAAGUUAACGCAGUCGUCGGAGGUUUCUUCGCGAUUGACAUCUUCCAGAAAGAGGAAGAUGACGAAAACAGGAAGUCGGAUCCUGUAUCCGGAGAAAAAUCUACAUCAGAUGCUUCUGAAACUGUUUUUGACUGGACUUCCCCGUUGGAGAAUGUUGACGAUUCUGGACUUUAUUUUACCCCGGAAUCUGGAAAUGUUUUGUUCUGCAGCGCGAUUGAUGGAUGGGGAUUUAGUGUAAGACAAUUUGCGUCACUGAUUUCGAAAAAGCUGGGAAUCAAGCAAGAGGUAUUAGCGAAAACACUGUGGGGAGAUUUCUUCUUCGAUGCGAAGACGAAAAGAGUGAUGCGUGGAGCACAAUCGAAAGCAAAAAAGCCGUUGUUCGUUCAACUGGUCCUUGAGAAUAUUUUUUCGAUUUAUGAAGCCGUCGUUGUUCGGAAGGAUCAAGAGAAGAGAGACAAGAUUAUUCAAACGCUUGAUUUGAAGAUGACGGCAAAGGAUUUGCGAUCGACUGAUCAUCGACUACAGCUAUCUGUAAUAAUGAAUCAGUGGUUGCCCUUGGCGUCGUCAGUAUUAGAUAUGGUUGUGGAUCAAUUGCCUAGUCCGAAAGGCAUGCAAAGAAGUCGAGCGGAACAACUCCUGACUUCAAGGACUGCUGUUCUGCCUUUUGAGCAUUUCCCGAAAGAAACCCAGUGUUUAUCUGAUGCUAUGAUGAAAUGCGCGGCAGAAGAUGAUGCCGUAAUAGUGUACGUCUCCAAGAUGUUUCCGGUGGAAACGCAGUUUUUACCAGAAAAUAAGCCAAAACCCAUGAGUAGAGAAGAAAUGAUGCAACGAAGGGAAGAAGCCCUGAAGAGAAUUGAAAUGAGUCGGACAGGUCCGAAAGGAGAACCUUUGUCAACUGCCCCUAUCGUAGGCGAGGCUGAGGAUUCAAUCCGGUCCGCAGUAGAGGAUGAAAAUUUGAAAAAUCAAACGGCUUUUGUCGCUUUUGCGAGAGUUUUUAGCGGCUGCGUUAAACCCGGACAAGAGAUUUUCGUUCUCGGACCAAAGCACGAUCCUUGUCGCUACGUUGUCAAUGGAACAUUCAAAGCAGACGAGGUUCCUGUGGCAGGAAAAUUGUUGGAAUUGCAAUCGGAACAUCACGUGACGCGUGCAACUGUCAAGUCUGUUUAUUUGCUGAUGGGUCGACAGUUGGAAUCUCUCGAAGUCGGAAACGCUGGAUCAAUCAUAGGAUUAGGUGGAUUAGAGGAACACAUCCUCAAGUCCGCUACCGUUUCGAAUACACUGGCGUGUCCCGGAUUCACUGAGUCUGUUGCUUCCCAGUCGCAGGUUUCGUCGAUUCCGGUUUUUCGUUUUGCGUUGGAACCAGCACACCCGAGAGACAUGCCGUCAUUGGUUGAAGGUUUAAAGCUGCUCAAUCAGGCCGAUGCAUGUGUAAGAGUUUUUGUUCAGGAGACCGGCGAACAUGUGAUCGCAACUGCCGGUGAAGUGCACUUGGAAAGAUGCCUCACCGAUUUGCGGGAGACUUUCGCGAAGAUCGAGAUUAACGUAUCUCCACCGAUCGUACCAUUCCGGGAAACGAUAGUUUUUCCUCCUCCGAUCGCUGACGACCUUGUGGAGUUUAUCGAGAAAAAAGAGACGGACAAGUCGGAUAAAGAUACCCUUUCUAUAACUAUGCACGCUCCGAAUAAACACGCAUCAGUCACGAUUCGCGCCUUGCCACUGCCCCGUGAAGUUACCAAAAUAAUCGAGCGAUCGGAAAUGCUGCUGAAAACCAACGUUGGUCUCAGUUGGGAAGCACGUUCAUCUGCACUGAGUGGCCUGAAGUCUGAAAUCCAUGACGCAUUUGCUUCCCUUUCCGAUCCCGCCGAAUCGUUGGGUUGGAAAUCGAUUCCUGAUGCUGUGGAUCGGAUCUGGAGUUUCGGACCGAGACGCAUCGGUACGAACGUGCUUCUGAAUUGCAUCCCGGAUUACGAGACGAAUACGCUGGUAUGGCCCAAGAGUUGCAGUGGAGAAGUUAUUGAGGUUCCGGAAGUGAGGAAGGAAUUGGAUAGUUUCGUUGUCACUGGCUUUCAAAUGGCCACUUUGUCGGGUCCGAUUUGUGAAGAGCCCAUAACUGGAGUUGCCUUUUUGGUUGAAGAUUUAACAGUUUCACUUCUGGAUUCUUCGGAGAUCGGGGAAGAAGUCAAAACUCACUCUUCCGGGUACGGCCAGCUUUCGGGGCAGUUAAUGUCCUUGACGAAGGAAGCCUGUCGGCGAGCCUUCCAAGCCCAGCCGCAUCAAAGACUCGUAGUGCCCAUGUACAAUUACCAAAUUCACUGCAGCGUCGAAGCACUAGGUAAUAUGUAUGGAGUUUUGGGGAAAAGACACGGACGCGUGGUGAACACAGAAAUGUUGCCCGGGUCGUCCAUGUUCCGAGUGGACGCUCAAUUGCCGGUUUUGGAAGCCGAUCCUUUUUGGGAACCCCUGACCGAUGAAGAAAUCGAGAUGUAUCUUGAGAAAGGUGACUCAGAAAAGGCCUUAGCGCGAAAGUACAUGAACACCGUCAGAAAACGCAAGGGAUUAUCUAUCAAGGAAAAAAUUGUCGAGCACGCCGAAAAGCAAAGAACUCUGACCAAGAUGAAAUAAACGCGUUUUGAAAUCGUCACGAAAUGUUCUUUCCGUUAUAUUCCUUCCAGCUAUCGCUUCUUCGCUAUCGAUUUUUCUGCUUGGCUCGCUUGCAAUUAUUUCUAGUUUCGUUGCGUUUUAGUUCCUUCAUCGUCUCAUUUUUAGCGAAGUGUCAUCCAUCUGACGUUGUCGAACGUGGAACUGAGUGUGACAAAAGAAUAGACCCCGAAGGAAAAGUACGCUGUUGGAAAACGAACCCAAGAGAUGAAUCAUCCCGCGGCCGGUGGGAGAAUCAUCUAGUGCGAAAAUGCAUGUACUGCUGCAGUAUGAUACAAUUCGAAUAUUACGCAGUGUAGUUGAAGUCAAAUCAUAGUAGCUGUAAUUUUUCCCGGUUAAUUUAACAUUCUACAUUUUUAUUCGACAAGUUUGAGGAAAUUUCUUCUGUGGUCUCUUAAUAUGCUAUUGACAAUCCCGCAAUAAUUAACAAAGUCGACGAUCACAUAUUUUUAUCCUUACGCAUUUCCACGGAAAAUGUAAGUUUAUCAGAGAGAAACGGAGUGGCUCGAUUGCAAAUAAUGCAGACCGCUGUGUUUUCUUUGUGAAUCAAAAACUGUUGCACAGCUGAUGAUUUUUAU